CUCAUAGAGAAAUUAUUCCUAGUUACUAAUUGAAAACCUAUAUUAAAUAUUUAGGUAUGAUUGAUGGUCAUGAAUUACCUAUAGUAUAUCCACCUAUUUAUUGUGAAUUAAAUGAUAACAAAGAAUUUAAGACAUAUGGUGGAUAUAUUACUAAUAAUAUUAAGAAUUUUAAUCCUUUAAUUAGAAGUAAAAGAUUUACUGGAUCAAAUAUUAAAUUUAUAAAUAAAAUGACAAUUAAAAUUGUUAAUUAUAUGUCAUCUAUUGGUUUCAAUAUUAAUCUUAAAGUAUUAGAUUUUCUAAUGAAUCUGCCACUUAAUGAUGAUUUAAUUAUUAGAACAUUACAUAAGGAGACAGAUGAAAUGAGUGAGAUUAUUAAAAAGAAUAAUAAAGAAAAAGAAUUUGAAAUUACAUCUCAUAAUAGUAAAUUCUUAUAUAAUAAUUCAAUUUUAACUAUUGCUAAACUGUAUAGAGAUGUUGAACAAUUUUAUUUUACUUUCUUUUUAGACUAGAGAGGAAGAGUUUAUUGCCAAGGGGGUGAAUUAAAUUCCCAAGGUAGUGAAUUAGCAAGAUCAUUAUUGUUAUUCAAAAAAGGUAAUGUAUUAUCUGAAAAUGGAUUAAAUUCAUUAAAGGUUUAUGGAGCAAAUGCUUUUGGAUUAAAUAAAUUAUCUAUUACCAAAAGAUUAGAAUGGGUUGAUCAACAUUUUUCAGAAAUCUUAGAUUUAAAUCCAGGAUUAUCGAGAAAAGCUGAUGAACCUAUGUUAUUUUUAGCUUUUUAUUUUGAGUUACAAGGUUAUAAUAAGGAUCCAUUAAACUUUAUUUUUAGAUUACCAAUUUAUUUAGAUGCAACAUGUAAUGGUGUACAACAUUUAGCUGCAAUGGUUUCUGAUUUUGAUCUAGCUAGUAAAGUUAAU